GCUCCGCAUCUCUAUCUCAUAACAUCUCAUUGCAUCAUCCAUUGCCAAUAAAUUGAGAAUAUUCAACCUUUCAUGUCAUCGUUUUUGCUACACCCUUUUGGUUCAGCUAUCAGAAAAAGGAACUGUAACAACAACUGACAACAAACAACCUGAAGUGAAGCAAAUACAAUGUCAGGUGUUUCAUUAGCCGUGUCUGGUCCUGAGGAACAGGGAAGCAUGACCUUCAUGGGUUCACUGCGCGUGAUAGAGCUUCAGCUGGUGGCAUUCGUGUUGGUUUUCUCAGCGAGUGGUCUUGUCCCUCUUCUUGACCUAGCCUAUUCGGGCCUCAUCUCCAUCUACCUAAUGCUACUCGCUCGUUUCGCAUUUCCCUCACACGGACAUGGGCCGGGGCCCAUGUUCCACGGAAGUAGGCUUUUCCAGAUGUACGUGGUGGUGGGCACCGUGGUGGGCCUGUUCCUGCCCCUGGCCUACGUGCUUGGUGGGUUUGCGAGAGGAGACAAGCAUGCGGUGCAGGCCUCGAGCCCACACUUGUUCUUGCUGUCGUUUCAGAUACUAAGUGAGAACGUGAUAAGUAGGUUUUCAAUGUUCUCGGCACCCGUUAGGGCUAUGGUGCCCUUAAUGUACACCGUGAGGAGAAUCUUUGUGGAUAUUGAUUGGGUAUCUGAUGUGUGGCUCAACCAGACUUUGGUCACAAACGCAAAUCUUCAGGAGAAGGCGUGGUUUUGGUUUGGUAGGGUUUUGGCUUUGGCUAAUCUGGUUUUUUUCUCCAUGAAUCUGUUUGGGUUCUUGAUUCCAAGGUUGUUGCCAAGGGCUUUUAUGAAAUACUUCAAAGAAAGGGGAGAGGUUUAUGCCAAGUCAAUGGAAGACCAACGAUUUGUGAUCAACAACAAAUCUCUUUCACACGACAACAAGUCACAUUAAUCAGAAUUGCAUGGAUUAGUAUGUCUUAUUAACACAUUUGUGCAUAUCUUAGAAACACUUGUUUAAGCAUAACAAUUUUAAAUCUCGUACCAAAUCUGACAUAUAUAUAUAUAUA